AUGGACAGCGGAUUGAGGACUCGGGAAUGCACCCGUAAGGUAACCCCCUUGGAAGAACGUUUCCCAGGGGGGUUCCCAGAAGCGGGGAAGAGCCGAGGGAUCCCAGACGACGUGGAUCGGGGCCAUUCUGUGCAAAGCGAGCUGCACUGUGGAGCUCUUGUUUCAUAUUCCCUGGAUCGAAACCCAGCAGUUUUGCAGAAAGUCAGUGACAUGAACAGAGAAGAGCAGUCAUACACAGAAAUGAUUCGCAUAUGGCCUGGGCAGAGAGAGCGCACAAGGACGAUACAGUCUCAGCAGCUACAGCUGGGCACAAACAGAGGCACUUCAGGAGCAAUCACUGCUCAGACUAAAGAGGAAGCAAUAUGCCAGCCAAUAAACGCACAUAAUCCUUGCUCUGCAAUGUGUUACAAACCCAGCACAACUUCUCAUGCUGAAAUGAAAAUUGAAAAACAACAAAGGUUUUAUAAACAUAAUGGAAAUGAAGCCUCUGCUCUGCCAUUUAAAGUGGUUGGGUUAUCGCUAGAAAACAUUAUUGUAUCUCAAACUGACAUAAUUUGGGAAAGUUACAUUGUAGCAGCCUAUAAAACAAACCGUUUAUAUGGCAGAUUAGCCUAUGCUGAUAUUUCCACAGUUGACGGCAAAAAUGUACCCUCCUUUGCGCUGAUUCAAAAGGAAAGACAAUUUCAUGCAAGGAAUAAUCGAUUAGUUGCUGCUAAAAGUUCACGUAGACCUUGUUUUAAAGAGAGUAUACACGCAAUGAAGGAGAUUAGGGAUUGGGAGAAAGCCAGUAAAAUUGACAAUCAGAGACCAUUUAAAAGGAAGCUAUCAGUUACCCUGAAAGAAACUGAAGAAGUGAGUGCAAAACAGGCUUCCUACAAUUUCAGCAAAAGCUGUGAUACUCCUGACCUCUCCAUGCAUGUCAGUGAAAAUGAAGUCUUUGGUGGAUCAAAGAUGUUUUAUGGCCAUUUGAAAAAUUCUGACAAAUGUCUAGAAUUUGACCAGACCACAGGCUCUACUGAUCUGUGCAGUGUGGCAAAAAUAUAUCCUGUAAAACAAUUUUAUUCAGAAGAAGCUAGUUCUUCUUUAAGAAAAGUUAACACUCCACAAAUAUGUGACUGUACCAGAGAUGGUUAUGAAACAUGUAGUGUGAAAUGUAGACUGAGAUCAGUGCUGAAAGACUCUUUUCUUGGUGAAAUAGAUGUUUUCACAAGCAUUUUUAUUCCCGAGACUGACAGUACGGUUGAUUAUACUGUGCCAUACACUGCUUUGACGCAAAAAGGACACUGUAAAGCUCAGACUUAUUCUGAAGAAAGCUUUUUUUUGAAAAUGAACACAUACAGCAGGAUUAAUCCACAUGACAGUCUCUCACUGUAUCCUCAAAUGACUUCAAAUGUUAUUUUUAACAAAGGAGAUGACAAGCCCAUCAAAUCACAACGCCAAGUGGUUUUUGAAUGGGCAUCUCAUGAAAAAAGUACCAUUUCUGCAAGCAUGUUAAUAAGCUGUUCAGUUUUGCAAAAAACUGAUUUGUCAUUUAUUGAUAAGAAAAACUGUCAUUUUGGCAGUAACUUGUUUCUGUCAACAAAAAUGUCAUUUCCAGCAUUACUAAAUCACCACAGAAAGUGUAAAAAACAAUAUUUUCUUCCCAACAUCAGCACUUCAGCAGAUUCAUUCAUCGGAAUGCCUAUAAAUGACUUUGCAUAUUCUCAAAACAGAAUUUCUGAGGUAGGAUCUUUUCCACAAAAUGAAUUACAAAUCCUGCAGCAUUUUGCCAAAGCGAAUGGCGUUGAAGCCAAACAAAUGGAAAUGGAGGUUACACUUGGCGAAGAAACAAUGUUUAAAACCACUGAAAGUGCUCAUCUGGCCUAUGCAACUGCACUUAAAAAUCAAGACUUCUGUUUUCCUUCACACCUUCUGGAUGCUGCUGAGAAUUCAGAAGAAGAUACCCUGAAAAGGUUUACAGAGGCAAAUUGGAUGCAAUCAUAUCCAGAACCGGUGUUUCAUGAAAUGUUUGGGAAAAUCGGUUUGGAUAUGUAUACGGUAGAAUUACAGAAUGAUAAUUCAGCAGAAGCAAACUGUUUACUCCAAAACCAAGCCCUAUCUGAUAGCAGUAUUCCGAUGGAAAGUGAAUUUAGGAGCGGCAGAAAAGAAUGCUAUGGUUCAGCUACACUACACUUUAAUGAACUUGGUGUGUCAGAUGCAGACAGAAAAGUUUGUAAGAAAGAAGUUCAAUCUGUCUAUGAAAACAAAGAAAUUGUGCACAACUUCUUACAAGACAGCACCAUGCAUGACACAUAUUUCUGUGAAAAUAGCAUUCAAAAUGAAAGAGAACCGAAGAGGUCAGAUAUAAUUUUCAAAAAUAAGUCUAAAACUGAAGAGCACAGUGAAAGCCUGAAAUUAAAUUUAUCAAACGAAGAAAUAAACCUGAAGAAUUCAUGUUUUCCAAUUGAUACCGCCAAUGGUUUUCCUUCAGGGACCAUCUUAAAUGUAGUUACAAAGGCAGAGUAUGACAACAUAAAUGAAUUACAAGUUGAAGGGAUAUGUUCCUUCGAAAAUACAGAAAAAUCACACUGUAAUUUAAAAGAUGCUAAUUAUUCUCUAGAAGGCAAUUCUGCCAUUGGUGUUACCAACCCCAGCGCUGUAGAGCUUGCUGGGCUUACCCUUCAUGCAUUUGAAAUGAAGGCUCAGUUUGACUUGGUUCUUGAAGAGCUGAAAUUGUUCCAUUCAAUUGGACAGACUAAUGAAAACCCCUUCAUAUCAGACAACAAGAAAGGAAUAGAACAGAUGUGCAGCACUUCGGUAGAAUUGCCAGACAUAUUAACUGAGGAUUUACCCUGUGAAUCAAUAAUGGAUAGUAAUGACUGUGGGUUGAAUGACCAGACUUUGAUUCAAGUAAGAGAGCAGGAAGUACCUCAAGCAUCUUGCUCUGCUAGUUCAGGUGAUGAGGAAUCACUGUAUUCUACUGUUAAAGGAGGAAAUACUACAAAGACAGUCCUAUGGACACCAUCUUUCAUACCUUAUGGAGAGAGAACCAUUGUGCAGCACAUUGACAAAGAACUCCUACGGAGAAGUAAAGUGGUGAUCAUCGCAGUCCUGUCCAUUGUGAGGAAUGCCCUGGUCUGCUGGGCUGUGGUCAUCAACAGAACUCUAAAGAAUGGCACCAAUUAUGUCCUGAUAUUGUUGUCGGUGGCUGAUAUAAAGGUGGGCCUGCUCGCCUUUCUGUUCACCAUCAGCUUUAAGACUGAUUUCCACAGAUGCCUGCUCUUGGCCUGCCUUGUUCUGGUUCUGACCCAAAGCUCCAUCUUUGAUUUGACUAUAGACGGGUACCUGGCCAUCAAGACCCCUCUCAGGUCGGUGAAUUGUGGAGGCGCCCAGAUGGGGUAG